GGCCGUCGCUGAUUAGUGAGGUCGGAGUAGUCGCCUGACGUGGGAAGUUGGUGACCGGCGGAGACUAUGCUGCUCUUCUGCCCCGGCUGCGGGAACGGGCUGAUUGUGGAGGAGGGGCAGCGCUGCCAUCGCUUCGCUUGCAACACGUGCCCUUACGUGCACAACAUCACCAGAAAGGUAACGAAUCGGAAGUAUCCAAAGCUGAAAGAAGUGGAUGAUGUGCUGGGGGGAGCUGCUGCCUGGGAGAAUGUUGACUCCACUGCAGAGCCCUGCCCCAAGUGUGAGCAUCCUCGAGCCUAUUUCAUGCAGCUUCAGACUCGUUCCGCUGAUGAGCCUAUGACCACUUUCUACAAGUGCUGCAAUGCCCAGUGUGGACAUCGCUGGCGGGACUAGUCCUGGAGCCUGUUCCCUUUGGCCCGCUAUCUGGAUUGAUGUGCGCCGUGCUCAGUGUUCUCUGGUUGCUGUGUGACUCAGGGAGAGCUCCCAGUUGGGAAUGUACAUUAUGUAACAUAUGGGGUGUGGAAAUAAACAGUGGAAAUCUUU